GGCAAGAAUGAAGAGUGGAUUGUGACUGACGGAGUGACGGGAUUGAGAGUUGCACCGUGGCGGAGAAUGACUUACUGACUAACAGACGGCCCCUCACCAAUCACGAGCGGCUGAUGCCGACUGUCUUCCCCUUCGAUCAUCUCACUUUCGCAGUCCAGGCCAUCCGUUCAUUCACCAUCCAACUCAACCCAGUCGUUCUUUCGGUCCUCUCUUUCGGUUCCAAUCCCUCCCCUCCCCCCGGAUUCUCCUUCUUCGGAUGAAGGUUCUCUCUUAUUCUUCCCAAUAUUCUAGAUAGUUAGUUCCAAGGGCUGCUCGCCAGAGCUGCCUCUUGUUCGCUCUUGGUCUCUCCGCCAACCUUUCUUAUCGCGGCCGCAGCGCCGCUCCGCUCCCUUAAUCGCCAUGCUGCUCAAACCCGCCACUCCCCUCACCAUCCUCCUCCUGAUCGCAUUUGCGCUUCUCCUCAUCUCAGUCAUCUCCACCCCUAUCGUCAAAAGCAUUGCGCUUGCGAGACAUGAUAAUAUCGAUUAUGGCGUGUUUGGAUACUGCAAAGGCGAUGUGUGCACCAGCAUUCAUGUUGGUUACGCCGACGAUGAUAUUACUUCCGAAGACGGUACAUUCAGCAUUGCGCCUGGCACCCGCCGAUCGCUCUCGGCCAUUCUGAUCGUCCAUCCCGUCGCGGCCUUCCUCACACUUGUAUGUCUAUGUAUGGCAGCAGCGGCUCAUUUUCAUGCACCGUCGCACUCGCCCCGCUACUUGCUAGCCUUGUUGAUUCUACUGCUUCCUACCCUUCUUGUGUCACUCCUCGCCUUCCUCGUCGAUAUUCUCUUGUUUGUACCGCAUAUGGCCUGGGCAGGAUGGAUUGUCUUAGUUGCGACCAUUUUACUUGUCACUUGCGGCGUGGUCACAUGUGCAAUGCGUCGGACACUUGUGAGCCGCAAGGCUAGGAAGAAGCGAAUCAACGAAAACGCUGAAAUGAGCGGGGAGAACUUCUACAACCGCCAAAACGCAGCGACGGCGGCAGCGGCAGCGAACAUGGAUACAAAGGAACCUGUGAUCACUGGGUCUUCACCUUCAUCUGAGACGGGCCCUACAUUUGCUACUUUCCGUACGACUACACACGACAGUGAUGACGACCGUACUCCACUGAACUCACGGACUGUUCAACCUGACCCUCCAAUGCCCGAUAGUCAGUUCACCCGCGUCCGGAGGGAUAUGGCGGCCUAUAACUCUUCGCCUGACGAUGCUGGUAUCUCUGGUCCGCAGGCUCCACCAUCCGAUCCUCGUUUGCGCAAUCAGUAUUCCGACGGCAGUGUUGGCUCGCGGAGAGGGCCCCCUCCGCCAGGGUUUGCCCGCGGACGAGGUGGUUAUCCACCGCGCGGGGCUUAUGGCCGUGGUGGGCCUUACAGAGGACCACCUCGAGGACCGCCUCCGGGUGCAAACGGUGUCCCAAUGGGUCCCAUGCGCGGUGGACACCCCGGGAUGAUGGGACGAGGCUAUCGAGGACCCCCUCCGGGUGAUUACAUGCCCGGGCCCGCUCCUCGACCAACCCCGCCACCUGAAGAUGAGUACGGCUAUCACCACCCACCGCCCGUCGCGCGAGAGCCGUCCCCUGGACCAAUUGGAAUGGCAGUAUCUCCAGAUCAUGGUAGCCCAAUCGGCCAGGCCAUCGAAAUGCAACCACAGCCACGACGAAUGGGCUCUCAUGAAUCGCAUGAAGGGCACCUCGAACCCCAGCCACAUGCGCUAUCAGCAGAUGGCUAUCCGGAACCUAUUAGUCCCUCAAGCCUCUAUAGUCGGACAGCAUCCUAUGUUCCUCCACGUGCCGGUUGGGCUCCAGAAGAACCGCGGGCCGGCCCCUCACCCUCACCUGUUCAUGCAUAUGACGGGCCACGACAACAUGCUCGAACUUCUUCAGCGGACUAUUUUGAAGAUGCAGACCCUCGGUUUGCUACUACCAACGAGUCGGCGGCAGGCAACCCUCGGUUGCCGGCUGUCUUGACACCAGGUGCUACUGCGAAGUAAGCCACUUUACAUCAAUAUCUGAGCGGCCUAUCAAUCCCCGCUGGCGCCCACCUCCCGUUCCAGCUCAGCGGAAGCAUGACGUUCUCCUAGAAAACAACCCGGACUUUGACUUGCGGGCCG